GGUGGGAGGCACAGCAUGGCCACCGCAGAGCUGAACUGCCAGGUGAGCGAGGAGGACAGCGAGCGCCGAGAGGCCUUCUGGGCUGAAUGGAAGGACUUGACACUGUCCACGCGGCCUGAGGAAGGCUGCUCCCUGCACGAGGAAGAUGCGAUGAGACGGGAGACCUACCACCGGCAGGGGCAGUGCCAGGCUCUGGUGCAGCGGUCCCCCUGGCUGGUGAUGCGGAUGGGCAUCCUGGGCCUUGGGCUGCAGGAGUACCAGCUGCCCUACCAGCGGGUGCUGCCGCUGCCCAUCUUCACCCCCUCCAAGCUGGGUGCUGCCCAGGAGGAGCGCGAGGACACCCCCGUCCAGCUGCGCGAGCUGCUGGCACUGGAGGCGGCCCUCGGUGGCCAGUGUGUGGACCGCCAGGAUGUGGCCGAAAUCACCAAGCAGCUGCCCCCCGUGGUGCCGGUCAGCAAGCCUGGCGCGCUCCGCCGCUCCCUGUCCCGCUCCCUGUCCCAGGAAGCUCAGAGGGGCUGAUCCGGCUGGGACCUGGGCCCCUCCUGGCUAGAGGCAUGGAGGGGAGGGGUGCGGAUGCUUUUGUAGUUUGCCCAGGGUUGGGGACUGUGGGAGGAAGGAGCCAGAGGCCUGGGUGCCCAGGUCCCCUGAGCUCCCAAACAAAGGGAGAGAAGCAGACACGAUGGGUGCCGAGGGUGGAGAGGUGGGGACCAGCACUGCUGAGUACUCCCAGCCCCAGGAGAAGGGACAGAAGAUGCUGGUGAGGGCGAGAGCUUCCUGAGAAGAGUGGCCAUGGCCCAGGUGUCACCUUCAGAGAAGGACACUGUGAGAGGCCUCUGGAAAGGAGACUUGGUGAAGACAUAAGGGAGGGGGUCAUGACGAGGGACGGAGGCACUGUGGAGCCCCCAGCCCCUCUGUUAGCACUGCAAUAAAUGCUCAGUCAUGUUCA